GCUGCUCCGUAAAGCCAUCUUUGCAUUGUUCCCGGGUUGAGCUCCGCGCUCACUGCAGCCACCUUCGCCGCCCACCGCCUCCUGCAACGCGGACUCCAGCAGCUUUCUCGCCAGAGUCCCCGAACUCCAGGAAUUCCUCAUUCGCUGCAUCGGACCACCGGCGUGCCCCACCAUGUCAGACGCGGCAGUGGACACCAGCUCCGAGAUCACCACCAAGGACUUGAAGGAGAAGAAGGAAGUUGUGGAGGAGGCAGAGAAUGGAAGAGAUGCACCAGCCAAUGGGAACGCUCAGAAUGAGGAAAAUGGGGAGCAGGAGGCUGACAAUGAGGAAGAUGAAGAGGAAGAAGGUGGGGAGGAAGAGGAGGAGGAAGAAGAAGGUGACGGUGAGGAAGAGGAUGGAGAUGAAGAUGAGGAAGCUGAAGCUCCUACGGGCAAGCGGGUAGCUGAGGAUGAUGAGGAUGAUGAUGUUGACACCAAAAAGCAGAAGACUGAGGAGGAUGACUAGACAGCAAAAGGAAAAGCUAACCUUACGCACCGUGACCUAUUCACCCUCCACUUCCCGUCUCAGAAUUUAAACGUGGUCACCUUCGAGUAGAGAAGCAGGCCCCGCCCACAGCGGGCA